AUGUUCGAGGGCCGCCAUGCAGCAGACAGAUACCACCUGCGCCUACAUCGCGCGCGCUCCGUCGUCCUGACGCCCGACGAGCUCGUCGAGAUCCGCGCAGCGCAGAGGACCUUCGAGGGCGCUUACAUCCGCACCGCCCUUGGCCAGUUCUCAUUCGCGCUGGUCGUGCUCAAGAUCUUCACCGCCGAGUUCUACUCCAUCGGCGCCCUGUUUGCCGUGUACGGGGCCGGGGUGCUGUUCACCAGCCUGCUGCGGCGGCAGCACGGCAACAAGCAGUUCUUCAGCGAGGUGGGCGAGGACGGGCUGCAUCGCAAGAAGUUUAGAACCAGCGGCAACGUCGUGUCGGUGCUGACGGCGCUGUCGGUGGCGGCGUACGCGUCGCUGCUGGUCCUGACGCUGAAGCUGUCGACGUGA